AUGAAAUGGCGCGACUUGAAUUUUGUUUUUCAGGAUUGCUUUGUCUCUGUAAGUGAAAAAAAGGAAGCUGUUAGGAGGCUGUUUCAGCAGACCAGUAGAGAGAAUGAUGGCUGUUUUGGUACUUCAAGUGGAAUGCGUCCUUUUCAGCUUCAAAACUGGAAGCAGAAAGUUAGUCGGACUAGGAAAACAGAGUUUAUUCGCACAGCAGAAAAAUUAAAAAAUCAAGUUAUUAACAUAGAAAAAGAUAAACACAGUCAUUUCUACAACCAAAAAAGUGACUUCAGAAUUGAGCAUAGUAUGCUGGAAGAAUUGGAAAAUAAAUUGAUUAACAACAGGAAAACAGAAAGAGCAAAAAUUCAGCAACAGUUGGCCAAAAUACAUAAUAAUGUAAAGAAACUUCAGCAUCAGUUGAAAGAUGUGAAGCCUACACCAGACUUUGUUGAGAAGCUCAGAGAAAUGAUGGAGGAAAUUGAAAAUGCAAUUAACACUUUUAAGGAAGAACAGAGGUUGAUGUAUGAAGAACUUCUUAAAGAAGAGAAAACAACAAAUAAUGAGUUGAGUGCCAUAUCAAGAAAAAUUGACGCUUGGGCUUUAGGUAAUUCAGAAGCAGAGAAAGCUUUCAGGACAAUGUCCACCAAGGCUCCUGCAGACAGAGUAGCAAGGACACUUCCAGAAGAAGUGAUAGAUUUUGAAAACUUCCUUCAGCAAACUGGAGGGCGACAGGGGGGCUGGGAUGAUUAUGAUCACCAGAACUUUGUAAAGGUGAGAAACAAGCAUAAAGGGAAGCCAACAUUUGUGGGAGAAGUUCUAGAACACCUUCCUGGAAGAACACAGGAUGAAGUUCAACAGCAUGAGAAAUGGUAUCAAAAAUUUCUGGCCCUAGAAGAAAGGAAAAAGGAGUCUAUUCAGAAUUGGAAAACUAAAAAGCAGCAAAAAAAGGAGGAAAUUUUGAAGUUAAAAGAAAAAACAAAUAACAUACCUGUGCUUUAUAACAAACACGAAGAUACUCAGAAGCAAAAAGAGGAACAAAGAAAGAAGCAGAAAUUGGCUAUUGAAGCUUGGAAAAAACAGAAAACUAUAGAAAUGUCAAUGAAAUAUGCUUCCCAGUUAAAAGAAGAAGAGGAGAAAGAAAAAAAGCAACAGAAAGAGCGUAAGCGCCAGUUUAAACUAAAAUUGCUACUAGAGAGUUAUACCCAACAAAAGAAAGAACAUGAAGAAUUUUUGAGACUUGAAAAGGAGAUAAGGGAAAAAACAGAGAAGGCAGAGAAAAGGAAAACUGCCGCAGAGGAAAUUCCCAGGUUUCAGGAAAGAGAUUUACAUAAACUUGAAUUAAAAAUUCUGGAUAGACAAUCAAAAGAAGAAGAAAAGGCAGAAAAACAAAGAAGACUGACAAAAUUAAAAGAAAAGGUGGAAAACAAUGUUAGUAGAGAUCGCUCUAGGCUUUAUAAGCCUACCAAAGGUUGGGAAGAACGAACCAGAAAGAUUGGACCCACAGGCUCUGGGCCACUCCUCCGUAUCCCACACAGGGCUAUUCCAACCUGGAGACAAGGAAUGCAGGAAAGAACAUAAGAUAAUGAAAUUGGUAUUUAGUUAAUGGAGAAUGUUAGCAUAUUCACUUACAAAGAAGAGAGUGACUUAACCAUGUUUUCUUACACUGACCUAGUCAGUUGUGCUAUUUGUGAAUUGACAGGUAGUAAGUAGCAUUACCAUUAGUAAUUCCUGUUUAUACUGAGAGUAUUUAAUACGUAUAUUUGCCUAUUAUUUAUGUAAAAGUUUUUUUAUAAGUUUACGUUAUAAACAUUAUUUCAUUUACUGAUUCAGAACCUUUCAAACACUGUUUUUGUCAUGGCAUAGCAAGAUAGACAAUCAGUAACUUUUUUAAGCUAAAAUUUUUUAACAUUGGUAACUUGGGGGUAAUUGAGUAACAAAUGUAAAGUUUUUUGGAUUAUGAAAUAAGUUAGCACUUUUCUAAGUACAACUUAACUAGUAGUUUGUCAGUUGUUAACUUUUGUGUAAUAUUUUGUAUCUGUUUGAAGCAUGCUUUGUUUUAUAUAAAAUUUUAAAAAUAUGCCUCUCAUCUCUUAUAAACCCUGUUA